AGUUAUUUAUCAAUGACCAGUUGGUCCCCGUGCUCUACUCGUUCUGUGUCACCUUGUGGUUCAUCACUUCAUUUGCAUGGUUCAUGGGCACAUGAUGUCGUCUAUUUACCACCUUGCUUGGAACGAUCGAUCAAAAUUCAAAAAGGAGCCCUUUCUCUCGGUCUAGUACUCAAUGUAGAAGUAGAUAAGAGUAUUAAUGGUUGUCAGGUGAAGAGUAUUUGCAGUAAAAAAGCUGUAGGACGAGAUGGCAGAGUUCAAGUUAAUGACUAUAUAGUGAAAGUGAAUACGGAAAGUUUACGUAAUGUAACAAAUUCACAAGCACGAGCUAUUUUAAAAAGAACAAAUUUAAUUGGCACACACUGCAAUAUAACAUAUAUUACUGCCUCAGACGCGAAACUUUGGAAAGAAAGAUAUCAUCAAGAUACCGACUCUCAGUUACCUGUAGUCAAUAGGCUUUCACCGAAGUAA